GGCAGCCUGAAAGGGAGACAGUAGACGAUUUCUCUCAUGGAAUUCAACCACAUUAAUCACACGGUGAACAUCUGCAAAGCACCAUACUCCAAGGCUUCUGCCAAUCCUGCAAGGUCACCAUUAUUGCCAGAGGAGGGAAGGGUAAAGCCAGAUGUUAUCUCAUGUGGGCAUCACAACAGCUAUCUAAGAUAGUUAUCACUAUUUCCACUUUACCACUAGGGAAACUAAGCCCAGAGAGGGUAAGAUAUUUACCAAAGAACACACAGUCAGUGAGUGCAGCAGAGUCCUCCUUCCAUCAGGCAAUUCCAAAGAAAUACAAGAAAGGAGGUGCGGCCAUCAAUAAUUCAAAACAUAUCUAGGGAGUCCCAACUCUGGGCUGGACAAUGGAUCCACAAGGGGGUGUGAACAUUUCCCCAAGCAGGAAACUGAAUAAUCAAUGUCUUAGUGGGGAACUCAAGCAACAAAUCUGUGAGAUAGUUAUCCCAACAAACUUUCUAAUUCUGUUUACGUUAUCUUGGGUGCUGGAGGGAACUGCUGCUUUCCCUUAACCUAGUCAGGGGAAGGGGAAACAACGAGGAGGAGGAGGAGCGAGGCAGGGAGGCCCCUACACGUAGCACAAACAUAUUAUUAGGUGGGUAGUGAAGCAGUAAAAGCUCUGGUUCCAAUUCUGGCUCCAUCAGUCACUACCUGUGGAUUCUUGAGCAAAUCACUCCACACCCCUGAGCUUCGGUUUCUUCGGCUUUCAAAAUGGGGACUCAGAACACAGUGAACGAGAAGAUGGUUUCAAAGCCCUCAACUUAGUACCUGAUGCGCUGUGAGAGCUCGGCGAGUUUUAGCUAUUACUACUGUGAGCACGUGACGCAAGGAGGGCAGAGAAAGCCCGGGAAUGGCGAAUGGUAACCCACGCCAGAGCUUCCUCCCACGGAUUCUUCAGGUCCGAAACUCAGGCGUCGUGCCUGCCUGCCCCAGCUCUGACCCCGACCGACCCCCAAAGAGCAUCACCCCCUCAAGGAUCGCCACCAGCCUCCUUACCAUGGCUCCACAGCCUGCUGCCGGAAGUAAAUCCCACCGGCCCCCGGAACCUCUAAGAGCGCAUGCUCGAAUGUACAAGGCGGGCGUGAUCCGCGUUGCACCCUGGGAUUUGCGGUCCAGGAAUCGUGGCUGGCGCUAGUCCCAGGCGUUGUGGGAACGGAGUCUCCUCCUCUUCCCGACGUGCCCUGCGGCUCGGGGGCCGAACUCGGAAGUUCCGGGCCGAGUUCCUGAUGCCAACGAGUCUUGCGAGGUGCGGUUAGACGCUGGGGACAUGGCAGCGCCUGGCCCAGCGCUCUGCCUCUUCGACGUAGAUGGGACCCUCACCGCCCCACGGCAGAAAAUUACCAAAGAAAUGGAUGACUUCCUGCAAAAAUUGAGGCAGAAGAUCAAAAUCGGAGUGGUAGGCGGUUCGGACUUUGAGAAAGUGCAGGAGCAACUGGGAAAUGAUGUGGUUGAAAAAUAUGAUUAUGUGUUUCCAGAAAAUGGCUUGGUAGCAUACAAAGAUGGGAAGCUCUUGUGUAAACAGAAUAUUCAAAGUCAUCUGGGUGAGGCCCUAAUCCAAGAUUUAAUCAACUACUGUCUGAGCUACAUUGCGAAAGUUAAACUCCCGAAGAAGAGGGGUACUUUCAUUGAAUUCCGGAAUGGGAUGUUAAACGUGUCGCCAAUUGGAAGAAGCUGCAGCCAAGAAGAACGCAUUGAGUUCUAUGAACUCGAUAAAAAGGAAAAUAUAAGACAAAAGUUUGUAGCAGAUCUACGGAAAGAGUUUGCAGGAAAAGGCCUCACGUUUUCCAUAGGAGGCCAGAUCAGCUUUGAUGUCUUUCCUGAUGGAUGGGACAAGAGGUAUUGCCUGCGACAUGUGGAAAAUGACGGUUAUAAGACCAUUUAUUUCUUUGGAGACAAAACCAUGCCAGGUGGCAAUGACCAUGAGAUCUUCACAGACCCCAGGACCGUGGGCUACUCCGUGACAGCGCCUGAGGACACACGCAGGAUCUGUGAAGAGCUCUUCUCCUAACGCGGGAGCAGGAGGGCACAUGCAGUCUGGACCUCCACCCCUGGCAUGCCUUGCCUCCAUCUCCAGUGCCAGAAGCUUCCAGAAGGAAGGAGAAAACUAUUGUCAAGAAUGGUUCAGAGGAAUACCUCCCACAAAAGGUCUUCCCCACCCACCCUCAGCCCCCUAAUCUAAUACCCUGAUACGUGCAAUCAUGUGGUUUUGGCGGAAAUUUCCCCAUAAUUCUAGGAUGAUACAGAAAGAAAAAAUGUGCCUGGGCCCUCCCUCUUGGUGGGUCUGUGGAAUCGUAAGCGGGUUUUUUAAUGGACCCCUGCAUCAGCACCAACAGUGGGGGUUUGGUAAUGAGAAACAAUGACAGGCCAUCUGCAGUGACCCACCCCAGGACGAAAUUUACAAACACCUGGAACGAAGCUCCCGCCUGCAUGUCACCUUGAUGGGGACUGUGAGCAGGGCAGUGUUAUGCCCAGUGACUAGACGCACUCUGCGUUUUCCCGUGUGAGGCUGAGGCCUGCUGGACAGAUGGCUGGCCGAGUGGGAGCAGACCCUAGGGAGUUUGCACCUCAGCUGGGCCGGAGAGUUGAUGCUGGCAAAACAGUCACCCAGGUCCAGAGAAACCAAUGUGGGAUGUCAGACUUCAUCAAAACGACCUUCUGGUUGGCCCUGGCUGGCUUCCCAGAGGUGUUCGCCUCUAGUUUCUCAGGGAUCGAGCAAGAGCCUGGCCAGGGAACAGGAAGAGGAGCCGCUCUCCUAUCUGCGCCCACCCAGGCCCUCACCCAGACUUUACAACUGAGGGGGCCGAGUGCAGCUGCAGCCAGGUCCGCGUCCCUCACUCUUUCCACCUUCUGCACGUUCUUUGUGAAACUGGAAGGAUCCCAGGCUUCAGCCAGAACACGGUGGAAGAGAACUUUCCUAGGAAAACGGUUCAUGUGUCACUUUUCAGGAUGUGAAAACGCUGGGACCCAUAGACCCUCCAUUGCUUGGUGCUGGGGCUGUGUGGCCUCACUGGGCACUGAAUCUGGGGCCAGGGGGGCCCCGACUGCCCUGCACUCCUGCCUCCCAGCCCACAGCCAGGCGCUUUCAUCACAGCUCAACCUGGUUCCCUCCAAACCUCCCAGCCACUCGGGCUUGCAGCUCUCUUGAGCCCCGGAUCCGGUGGGGUGAAAGCAGCCAGCUCCUCAUCUCGGUGACUUGCAGGACACGGCCAUCCAGUGGCAUCUUUCCUUGUUGAAUGUUGCAAAUGAUACGGUAAUGACCUUCUAAAACGGUUAGUACAUUAAAGUGAUUUUGUUUCCUA